UAGUUUUUUCAGGUGUCAUUGGUAAUGUCUGACAACACAGUGUGGAAUGUAAGUGAAACUGCCAACGUCUAUAUCACGGGUGUUGUAUCUGGGGUGUCUGGUGUUGCAUCAAGUGUAACACAUGGCGUUGGAGAUGUUGUCCACAGUGUUACAUCUGGGAUGGGAGACGUAGUACACAAUGUCUCUCAGGGAAUGGGAGAUGCAGUACAUAACAUGACAUCGGGGGUUAAGCGCCUUCUGACCUACCCUCCAACUGCACACCAAGCAGAGGAAGAAGAAGAGUGCCCGGGGGUCUUUCCUCCAACUCCAAGAAAUACAUCGGUGUCUCCCAUUUCAGAGCAUCCACAUAGUGAUGUGAGCCCGGGAACUGAUUCUGAGUUAGCUGAAGAAGAGGCUGAGAUUAACAAUGAGUUGGGUAUUACUGAGGAUUAUUUUUCACAACCUGAGGAAAAUGUUUUAGAGCUAAGCAUUGAGGGACUAGAAGCUAGUAUUGAAAAAUGCAAGACCUUAAUCCUGCAGUGUGAGGAGUCCAGCACCAGAAGACGAGCACUUGUCCAUAAGCUGAUAAAGAUAAGAUUGCGUUUACAAGAAGCAAAAGAUGCAGAGGAGAUUGCAUCCACUGGAGUGCUUUUUCGUUUGAGCCAUCAACUCCAGCCCCAAAAGCCUCCUCUCACCCGAGCAUCAAAGCAGUACUGUGACAAGUGUGCCCAAAUCAUUUGGGGGGUGAUUCAUGUGUCAUACAUCUGUAGCUUGUGUGAGUACCAGUGUCAUGGGAGGUGUGUGGAAGGCAUUCAGCGCAGGUGCCCAAGUGUGAAGGUAAAUGAAGAUGCAUCUUACAUCCUCAGAAUAUGCCCAGAAGUGGGAUUGUCAGCCCAGAAUUAUAAGUGUGCAGAAUGCAAGAUACUGAUUACAAACAAAUUCACUGUAAUCACAAAGCACGGCAGGAAGUUAAAAUGCAGAGCCCAUCCAAGGGGUGUAACAUGCCUUGGUGAUCCCUUCAAGAAAGAGAACGCCUGGUGUGAGCCCAGAAAGUGUGACUACACUGGGCUCUACUACUGUCCUGCUUGUCACUGGAAUUCACGUCAAGUCCUGCCAGCAAGGGUUAUCCACAACUGGGAUUUUGAAGAGAGAGUCGUGAGUCGGCAAGCAAAGCAGUUCCUUCUACUGAUGAAAAGCAAGCCGGUGCUGCAUCUAGAAAAGUUGAAUCCGCAUCUCUUCAAAUUUGUUGAAGAACUCAGUACAGUCAAGAAACUAAGAGAGGACUUGCUAACCAUGAAACAAUACCUCAGCACUUGUCGCUCAGCUCAGGAAUCUCGGAUACUGCGACAACUUGAAGAGCGGCAACAUUUUGUGGAGAAUGCACAUAUGUAUUCUUUACAAGACUUGAUAGAUGUUAACUCCGGGCUGCUGGUUGACUACCUCAAGAAGAUACAUGGGAACUUUUUGACUCAUAUAAAGAAUGAAUGCCUGGUUUGCCAAGGAAAAGGUUACAUCUGUGAAAUCUGUGAUGUGAGUGAGAUCAUUUUUCCCUUUGAUGGUGGUGUAGUUGUGUGUGCUGGAUGCUCAACAGUUCUUCACCACCUGUGUUUCACCUCAAGGAACAGCCUCUGUCCUAGGUGUGUUCGACAAGAAGCAAGGAAGAGAACAGACACAGACAAAGGGAUAGGAACAGGAGAUUAGGAAAAGGAAUGAGAUUUAAAGGUUUCUUAAGACUUCAGCACUUCCCUUCUUUUGUUAUGAUUUUGUUUUUGGAAGCAUAAUAUAUAUUAUAUAUAUAUUUGACAAUUAAAUGUUCAUGUUUUUUCUCUGCAUUCUGUGUUCACCUUCCAAAACUCAUGUCCCUUUUCAGAAGAUACCCUCAUGAAUUAUCUCAUAAAUAAUAGCUACAUCUAUUCACAUUUCUUUGAAGCCAAUAUCAAAAUUUCUCAAAAAUGUCUGUCUUCCAUUUUUUCUCCUCAAAUGAGUUACCAAAUGUUGUCAUUUACCAAAAUCCUCUCUUGUUCAUAGCUUUAACCUAAAACCAUUUUUCUCCGAAUAAACAUCUGCUUUGAAACAGCUUUGCUCAUAUCGUUCUGUUCCAUUAUUAUGCUUUUGUGUGCAUUCAUUUUACUUGUCAUUUAUUAUACAUUUACAGAUAUUAAAUACAUAUAAAUACAUAUAACAGCAUUAUUGUACAUACUGGUCAUUUACAUGUGAAAGAAUAUCAACCAUUAUACAUUUAAAAAUAAUUCAUUCAUACUGUUCAUUAAUAGGCAAAACAAUAUCAUACAUUAUUAAUCAUACAUUUCAGAAUGACCAUAUUGUUCAUUCUGUUCAUUCAAAAAUAUUGAGAUGUAUUGCUUUUUGUUGCACUCAAAGACAUUGUCUUACAAACGAAGGAGACUGUAUCUGUAAAUUCUACAAUAUAAACAUAAACUGUGUUAACCAAAAUGCGAUAAUGUGUGACUUAAACACCCUUUAUUGUUGAAAGUAUUAUGUGAUACAGAGUAAAUGUGUAUUUUCACUAGAUUUAUGAUGAUUUCUAUGUCAGCAAUUGUAGGCAAAGUUUUGCCUGCAGAGGUUUUUGGAAUUAAAAAUUAAAGCUUUUUUUUCUGUAAGUCAGUUAAAUUAAUAUUUGUGUUCGAAACUGCUGGCUAAUGUAAAAGAAAAAAGAAAGAUAGAAAGAAAGAAAAAGAAAUUAAACAGCCAAGUCUUUUGUCUUAUUUAUGAAAUAUAUAAUUAUAUCUAUGAUUGUAUGUUUUUGUGUUUAUGUUUAUAUGAUCUCUGUGCUGAUGAUAAGAGAUAUAAUGUACAAAAUUUCUAAUUUUUUCUUUUUCUCUAGCUGCAAUAGAGUGUAUUUCAUUGAUGAAAAAAGUGUACAGUUUCCAUGUAUUUGAAAUAUGUAGUAUAUUAUUGAUCUUGCUAUGUAUAGCUGGAUAUUCAUCAUAAAUAUUUGUGUUUGCUACUUUUUUUUUCUUUCAGGACAAUCUGAACUUGUGGUACGAAUAGAAUAUGAUCUUUCUUUCAAAAUUUUCAUUAUUUGGCAUUUUAAAUCGGUUCAAAUUGAUUUUAUAAUUUUGAUAUGCAUAUUUUUAAUAUGAUUUUUGUGUGCUGAGAAUAGGUAACCAAAGAGAUAAGAAAGCAAGUGUUAUGAUAUAUACUAAUAGCUAAUCUUAUGGCUAAUUAUUACACUAUAUUUUGAAACUCCAUAUCAAUGGAUUGUUUUAGUAUAGUGGGAGGGAGAGUAACAAUGCUUUAAGAUUAACAGAUGAUUAAUAAAAUUUUAUUACAAU